AUGCGAUUUCUACUCUUCUCGCUGAGCGCAUUCGUGUUCUACGCCAUUUUCUACUUCUCCCUCAUCAAUGGUCUCGAUGCGCUGGGUCGCAAGUCCAUUGAAUCGGGCAAGCUCCCCAAUGUGGAUGCGCCUCUGCGCCUGGUUUACACAGGCAUCGAGCCGCUCGAUCACCUACUGGCUACCUUGACUACAUUCUUCUACCCGACACUCGAUGGCUCAAACCCUGGCUUGUUCCUCCAUAGCACCGCAUUUGCUGGUACUUUUGGCGCGGCAUGGACUUUGAUCGCUUUGGAAUCUUGGAGGAAGGGAAAUGCCGGGACGAUUGCUGCAUAUCCCAUGGUCUUUGGCCUCGCCGCCCAAGUGCUCACCUUCGCAUUCGGCAUCCCACUGGCCUGCGCUCUGCAACUCGGCUGCUCAAUCACCGCGCGCCGUCCCCACGCAGAUAACAUCCGCAUCCCGCGCGCAGUCCUCGCUAUCCUACCUCUGACCUUUAUCAUCGGAUUCAUGGGACCGACAACAGCGAUGUCGUUGCCCGCUCCCUCUGUGAUCUCUGUGGACAUGAAGCAAAUCGCAAUUGCCAUCUGGCAGCCAUGGCCAGCGUAUGUGUCGAUCCUGACCACUGUGGGCUACUAUAUUGUGUCUCCGUUCUUCACAAACAACCAACGGGCAUCCAUGUCCAGCCUGCGCUGGGUCUACGCUUCCGCCUUUAUGCAUGCGUCUCUGACGCACAUUGUCGCUUGGACUGUCUCUCUGGCGACUGUUGUUGUGCCGGGUCUCUUUGUUGAUUCCGUACGGGAAUCUCUCCACCCGGCUAACAUUUUCAUCGUUGCGCUCCCUUGGUCGGGACUGACGGUCAGCAGUGUCGGCGAUGGUGUUCAGGUAUUCCUGCAGUGGGAUUAUGCCAUUGGCACUACUGGUGUGCUCAUCUGGGCUCUCUCGCUGUACACUGUGGCCCACAAGCAGCUUCUGAAUACUGUUGGUUGGCCUAGUCUUCUGCUGAAGGUCGCUUUCUUGACUGCUCUCGCUGGACCUGUUGGCGCUGCGGUGGAGUUGAUCUGGGAGAGAGAUGAGCUGGUGUUUGCCGAGACUGGUGGAAGUCGGCAGCAGGUUUCUAAGAGCAAGAAGGCUAUCUAA